AUGAAAAGAGCAUUAAAAAUUUUUGAUUUGAGAAGUGACACUGUUACUAAACCAAAUGCCAAGAUGCUCCAAGCUAUGUUUAAUGCUGAAGUAGGAGACGAUGUAUAUGGCGAAGAUCCUACAGUCAAUAGACUUCAAAAGAAAUGUGCAGAAAUUUUUGGAAUGGAAGCAGGGCUGUUUGUUGCAAGUGGGACAAUGGGAAAUUUAGUAAGUCUUCUUACGCAUUGCAAAAGGGGUGAAAGUGUCAUACUUGGGGAUAGAUCACAUAUAAAUGUAUAUGAGCAAGGUGGGAUUUCUGCAUUAGGAGGCAUUUUCCCAACCCCAGUUCCAAAUCAAGAAGAUGGCACUUUAAGAACUAGUGAUAUUUUAAGCAAAAUAUUAAAAGAAAAUAUUCAUUUUUCAAGACCAAAAGUCAUUGCAAUAGAAAAUACUCAUAAUAUAUGUGGAGGAAAAGCAUUAAACGUUGACUAUAUAAGAGAAAUUGUUAGAAUCAAAGAAGAAAACAAAUUAAAACUUCAUAUAGACGGAGCUAGAAUUUUUAAUGCUUAUUAUGCUCUAAAAGAAACAAACAAUCGAUUAGACCCUAAAGAUUUAACACGUGGAGCUGAUUCAGUUAAUAUUUGUUUCUCAAAAGGACUUUGCUGCCCGAUAGGGUCUGUUAUUGUAGGAAGUGAAAGUUUCAUUCAAGAAGCUCUGAGAAACAGAAAAAUUGUGGGAGGAGCUAUGAGGCAAGUCGGGCAUGUGGCCGCUGCUGCAUUAGAGGCACUUGAUUCAGUAGAAGAGAUAUAGAGGUUUCCUCUAUAUAGCGCUGAAAGCGCAGACAUUUUCCCAGGAGCUUUCCAAGUUCGUCGGACCAAAUCGCUUUUUGGUCCGACCAAGGCAUUGAUUUGGUGCAACCAACCGAUAAAUUCCGAUCAGAAUUUAUCGGCAUUACAGCGCCAAACAUAGAAAACUUCUAUAAUUACAAGUGACCAUUUAAAAACAAAAAAACUAUAUAAAGGACUUAAAGAAAUAGGCUGUGAUGUAGAUGCACCGACUUCUAAUAUAUUGUUAUUUACGCCUCCAAAACCGUUUUUGCCGAGCCAGUUUGUGACUUUAAUGAAAGAAAGGAAUGUGCUUGGAAGUGUGGCGUAUACAAAUAAAAUCAGAUUUAUUCCAAAUUCUGGAACUUCAAAUGAAGAUAUUAAUGAACUUUUGGAAAUUAUAAAACAAAUUAUAAAGACAAAGGCUUAA